AUGGUGGUCCAGAUCCACCCACGUCAGUCCACAGAGGACAGACUCAGAGGCUCCUCCAGUGACAGCCAGUCGCCAGCAGGUGGUGACAUGCCCAAGUGGAACCCACCCCAUCUUCUGCUGUAUUCCUGCAUCUUCAGACAUCUGCUUUCCAUUGCCAGCAUCUCUGAAGACUUGAAAACAUUAAAUGCUGGCACAAGCUCGGUCUCACUCCAGCACUUAAUGCUGCACUUAGAUGACUUGAAAGGCAGGAGGUCUGCUGGCUUUCAGACGGAUCUCAGCUCGUCAUCUCUGUCCGGUGGCAUCAAUAGGUGUCAUGCGUUGCUGUCGUACCCCAUCAAACAGGAGGGCUACAAGCUGGGAUCGGCCCUGGGCGACUUUUCAGGAGGGAUGGGAGCAGGUCGCAGGGAACUGGACCGUCCGAGCAGUGGUGGUGGCGGCAGCGGUGGUGGCGGUGAAGGUAACUUAGCAACAGUUCUGUCAUUGUCGGCAAUGGCAGUGACUGUGUAUCCAUUUAAUAAUGAAGAUGGCUCCUCCCCGCUUGCUUUGUCCCUGAGCUCGCGUCACUCAGCAAGGCCGAAUGCGAGCGGACUGAAGAGACGCUGCCUCUCGGUGGACUCCCAGUCAUCCACACAGGGAACUGAUAUUGCCACAAACAUCUGCUCCUCCCAGAUGUCCUGCGUUAACGGCCUGCACACCAAUUCAUCGUCGCCUACCGCCGCCACGUUCUCCCACAAGCCUCUCCCCACACCCAGCCCUCAGCUGCCUUCACCUUCCACCUCGUCCUGCCUCCUACCCCUCUCCUCUUCGUCCUCGUCCUCCACGGUGUCAUCGGUGGAGCAUUGUGAGGACGUAGGCUCCAUGCAGCCGGGGCCCGGCGUGGGUAGCUGCGACGGGCUUGGACUUCUCAUACAGCCCGGCGUGGUGCUGGACAGCUGUAUGCCGACACUGAAACAGGAACCGGUGGAUGAGUUCUCUCCAAGUGAGGAGGAGCUCUUUCAGCAUCACUAUCACCAUCUGACGAGCCGCGGAAGCCACUGCGGUGGGCAUUCCCACCAGCACCACCACCAUCAUCACCAAGCAGGCCCCCCACGGCCACCCAUGCCCCCUCCCUACCACCUGCACCAGUACAUGGGCUCCGGCCCAGGAGCUCUACUGAAUCUUCAGAGCCAGCAACAGUCUCCACCCUCAGGCCUUCUGGCACCACCCAAACCCACAGGCCUGGUCGAACAGCAGGUGGGCGACAGGGAGGAUGUAUUUAGCGAUAAGCAGGUAUGCCGAUGGAUUGACUGUAGCGUGGCGUAUGAGCAGCAGGAGGAGCUGGUUAGGCAUAUUGAGAAGGUUCACAUCGACCAGCGCAAGGGCGAGGACUUCACCUGCUUUUGGGCCGGAUGUGUCCGACGCUACAAACCCUUCAACGCCCGCUACAAAUUGCUCAUCCACAUGAGGGUUCACUCUGGAGAGAAACCCAACAAAUGCAUGUUUGAAGGGUGUAACAAAGCUUUCUCACGGCUGGAGAAUCUGAAGAUUCACCUGCGGAGUCACACAGGAGAGAAGCCGUACAUGUGCCAGCAUCCGGGCUGUCAGAAAGCAUUCAGCAACUCCAGCGACAGGGCAAAGCACCAGCGCACACACCUGGACACUAAACCAUAUGCAUGUCAGAUCCCAGGCUGCACUAAACGCUACACAGACCCCAGUUCCCUCCGCAAACAUGUGAAGAUCCACUCCGCCAAAGAGCAGCAGGUCCGUAGGAAGCUAAGGGCCUGCCCCCAUUUAGAAUCAGAUGCUCUGAGCGAAUGUCUGUCAAUCCAGCAUCUGCAUGGCUCCGCCCCUUCCCAGCAUCCCCACUGCCCUGCCACCUCUCAGCACUCUCUGAAUGGGAAGGAAGGCCGUUCCCCAGCACUUGGCCAGGAGAUAUUCACAGGCCUGUACGCCGGCUCCAGCAUGACACACAAUGGAGCCCCACUUGAGUUGCUCUCUUCUGGACUUGACCUGCCCCCCAGGCAGCCCCGCCUGGACCGCGACAUUGGCAGCCCCCACCAUCUCUCCCCGCUGUCUGGCCUCGAGAACACCCGGGAAGGGUUGUCUGGAGCUUUGCUGUCUACAGGGAUCAAUCUGCUGAAGGCCGCUACAUCUCCUCCACCAACACUAGAGAAGCAACAGAACUCCUCUUUCAGCCAGCAACACCUCCACACUCACCAUAAACCCUACACCACCUUCCACAACCUGCCUUCAAGUGAGGAUUACCGUGGCAACUUUCAGAGCUGCUUCCAUUUUGGCGACGGCUACAGAAUGGACCAGUCCAUCAGUGGUGGCCAUCAACCUGCAGAGUCCCACAGCUUCAACACAAACCCACACAACGGCUUCCACAUGAGCUGUUCCACCAGCACCCCUUCCACAGGUUUCAGCUUGGUGUCGGACAUCAUAGGAUCAGGUUGCCAGUUCUCACCGGGAACAGAGGAGAGUGUUUUCUUUCAGGUGGGUGGCUUCGAUCGCAGCUUGAGCCAAAUGUCAUCAGUGUACACAGAGACAUAGGACCAGCUUACCUUGUCGUCCAUCAACACAAUUGUCUUCUUUCAGACCAAACACUUUUUAAAAUUAUUUUCUUUCGUCUAUGCAGUUUCAACCUGUCAAGAGUUUACAUUUUUUCUCAAAAUUCACAUUUUUUUAGUUUGA